AACGUUGCAUAGUUUCCCAGGCGUCAACCAAACUUUAUUUUAAAACAAUGUAACUUCUUGUUAUCGCCCACAUCUUUCAAACUGGGGGACAAGGACUUUUUUAAAUAAAUAAUUCCCAGUGGGGGUGGUUGUGCUUGUUCCCAUGCUGUUUGGAAAGCGGUGGCGUAUCCCUGCGUCUGUUGCUGCAGAAUGCAACCCUGUCGUGUGACUAAGUCAGGUGACGAGAGCUCCAGUGGCGUAUUAAAAGCCAGCCUGCUGGCAUUGAAGACAUAGCGUGGCGUCAUUGAUCAAGCCGCUUAAGGAAGAACAAAACUAUAUCAAAGUGUAUAUUUAAAUUGUUUCACACCAGUCUGCAAGGCGCGGGCGAUAAAAGAAGCAGCUACUAAACAGAAUCCCAAGUGUUGUCAUGGACAGUGUGAAGAUCGAAUCUGUCCCAAUUAAGGAAGAGUUCCCUGAACGUGGGCUGACCUCCCUCCCCAUUAAACAGGAGCUCUGUGAGACUCGGUGUGACUGCUGUCAGAUGGAGGUCUCUGGGAUUAAAGCCGAGCACAAUGAAUUGAAGAUCCCCAAGACAGAAGAACCCCUUCCUGUUAAACAAGAAGAGGAGAAGGUGCUGGAAAUUAAACAGGAGCCCCUUGAUGUAGAGUUUGACCACAUGGAACCAGGGAAGGAGGAAUCCGAGGACUUGAAACCAAACAUCCCUGAGCUGGAGCCUGUACGCCUGCGGGAGUGUAGCGUGGUGCUGGAGAGAAUCUGCGUGAGAGAGCGAGGCACUGGAGAGAAAGGCUGUCCUAACAGCACGCAAGGAGGUGGAAAGAAAGACGGGCGGUCAUAUUCAGAAUGCAGUCUAGCGGGUUCCAGUCCAGCAGCUAAAGCGAGGGCAGGCGGUAGAGAAUAUCCUGAUUCUAGGAAAGAUUUCAGCCAGUUAGGAAACUUUGAAAUACACCAGCGUAUUCACACAGGAGAGAAACCAUAUCGCUGUACUGACUGUGGGAAGAGUUUCAGACAUUCAGGAGACCUGAAAACACACCAGCGUAUUCACACGGGAGAGAAACCGUAUCUCUGUACUGACUGUGGAAAGAGUUUCAGACAUUCAGGAGUUCUGAAAAUACACCAGCGAAUUCACACAGGAGAGAAACCAUAUCGCUGCUCUGACUGUGGGAAGAGUUACAGUCGUUCAGAACACCUGAAAAAACACCAGCGCAUUCACACAGGAGAGAAACCAUAUUGCUGCUCUGACUGUGGGAAGGGUUUCAAUGACUCAGGAACUCUGAAAAAACACCAGCUUAUUCACACAGGAAAGAAACCGUAUUGCUGUUCUGAAUGCGGAAAGAGUUUCGGUAACUCAGGAACACUGAAAACACACCAGCGAAUUCACACAGGAGAAAAAGCAUAUUGCUGCUCUGAUUGUGGGAAGUGUUUCAGGCAGUUAGAACACCUGAAAACACACCAGCGAAUUCACACAGGAGAGAAGCCGUAUCCCUGCUCUGACUGUGGGAAGAGUUUCAGAGAGUCAGGAGACCUGAGAAAACACCAGCGAAUUCACACAGGAGAGAAACCGUAUUGUUGCUCUGACUGUGGGAAGUGUUUCAGGCAGUCUGGAGAGCUGAAAACACACCAGCGAAUUCACUCAGGACAGAAAACAUAUUGCUGCUCUGACUGUGGGAAGUGUUUCAGACAGUCAGAACACCUGAAGAAACACAAGCGAAUUCACACAGGAGAGAAACCUUAUUGCUGUUCUGACUGUGGGAAGUGUUUCAGAGAGUCAGGAGACCUGAAAAAACACCAGCGAACUCACACAGGAGAGAAACCGUAUCGCUGCUCUGACUGUGGGAAGAGUUUCAGUCAGUCACACAGCCUUGUUUCACACCAGCGAAUUCACACAGGAGAGAAACAGUGUUGCUGCUCCGACUGUGGGAAGAGUUUCAGAGAUUCGGUAGGCCUGAAAAUACACCAGCUGAAAAUACACCAGCGAAUUCACACAGGAGAGAAACCAUUUCCCUGUACUGACUGUGGGAAGAGUUUCAGGCAGUCGGGAGAUCUGAAAAUACACCAGCGAAUUCACACGGGAGAGAAACCAUAUCCCUGCUCUGUCUGUGGGAAGAGUUUCAGAAAUUCAGGAAACCUGAAAAAACACCAGCGAAUUCACAGAGGACAAAAAUCUUAAUGUGUGUUCAGUGGGACUUUUCACUGUGUAAUACUCUUUUUAUAUCACUGUUAAGAGCAGGCAUUUUAAAUGGUAAAGAUGCACUUGAGAAAGUGGGCGGUGAUGUGAACAUGUCUCUAGUUUAACUCAGUCAAUGCAGUCAGUGCCUGGGAGCAGGAAUGUGCAGAAAGGAGUCUAUUCUGCAGCUUACCUGCUAUAUGAGUCAGGAGGAAUCGAUAACUCAGUGUGGUAAAUUUCAGGGUUUAGCAUUUAAACUUAAUCUGAAAAUAAAUCAAUUGAUUGGAAUGAGUAUCCUGACCCGGUAUAUAGCAUCCAGAGACGAGACUGCACUGUCAUUACUGGGCAAUGGGCUGGAUGAUUUGAAAAUUUAAUCCAGUUUCUAAAACUAAUGCAAAUUGAUAGUGUCGCAUGGCUGUAUUAUGAGACGAAUCACUGAAUACUGAGCCACAUGUAGCUCUGCUCUGUGCAUUGUCCAUGCUUUUAUUUUAGCUUGCUUUUAAACUGCACCAACUAACACAAGUGCAGCAAGCAUGUGUACGGAUCUUAGGUACAGAACAGGAUACAGUUUUACACUGUGACAAAUUACAAAUGAAA